AGUUUUUGAUUCUGGUAAAAUAAAAAUUAUUUUUAAAUAUAAAAUAAAUUAAUGAUUUUAUAAAAUUUGUUGUGCAAAAUUCAACAUAGAAUUAUACUCCUUUAUUUAAAGUUUGAAAAGAAAACAACAACAAGUAGAUACUGGCUUAAAUAAAUUGCAAAGACAAGGACAAUCGAUCAUAAGCAGAAUAGCAUAGAUACCAAAUAAUUGUAUGAAAAACAUUUACGUGUUAAAUAAAUUAUUUAUAAACAAUUGUAAACUGACGACACACCGGCGCAUCGGGCAAAUGGAGAAUAAACAUUACCUGUGCGAUGUAUGUGGCAAGUCGUUAUCUGUGAAUAGCAGAUUGAUGGUACAUCGACGCACGCACACCGGCGAAAGACCAUACGCAUGCGAUGUAUGUGACAAGUAUUUCACUCAAAGUGGCCAAUUGAUGGUACAUCGACGCACGCACACCGGCGAAAGACCAUACGCAUGCGAUGUAUGUGACAAGUAUUUCACUCAAAGUAGCCAAUUGAUGGUACAUCGACGCACGCACACCGGCGAAAGACCAUACGCAUGCGAUGUAUGUGACAAGUAUUUCACUCAAAGUGGCCAAUUGAUGGUACAUCGACGCACGCACACUGGCGAAAAACCAUACGCAUGCGAUGUAUGUGACAAGUAUUUCACUCAAAGUGGCCAAUUAACGGUACACCGACGCAAGCACACCGGCGAAAAACCAUACGCAUGCGAUGUAUGCGACAAGUCGUUCUCUGUGAGACACAAUUUGACAUAUCAUCGACUCGCGCACAUUGACGCAAAGGUGGGCAAGUUAAUGAAAAUAAUUAACUCUAGUUAAGUUAAGUUAAGAGGACACA